ACGGACGCUAACUGUUUGUACUGGGACAAGAAGUCACACCACAUCCCCUUUCUCCCCUGUUCAUUUUUUUCUCUCCUCGCUCUCUCUCCCUUUCUUGGUGAUCUGCUGCAUCGCCGGCCCAUCCGACAACAAAUGGAUGCGUCGCCGAUCAACAGAUUGCCACAGGAUAGCCUCCAUCAAAUCUUCUCUUCUCUCCCGCUCCGUCAAAUCAUGAUCUGCCGAUCAGUCUGCAAGUUCUUCAAUCAGAUGUUGACAUCACCCUCUUUCUUAGACCUUAUCUCCGCCCAACCUCCUCUUCGUUUCCUUGCUCUACGGCCCCCGCAUCAUCGUCACCACCACCACCACCCCCACCACCAUCAUCGUCAUCAUAGCCACCUGUCGCUUCUGCCCUCCCUCCACGUUUACGAUCCCGAGCAAAGCCAGUGGCUCAGAUUUAAUCUAAGCUUUUUACCUUUCAGGUCUCCUCACCCUGUCGCAUCAGCUGGUGGAUUGGUUUAUUUCUGGGGUGAUUCGCCCGAUUCGAUCGAGUCUAGCAAGUCCCUUAUUGUUUGCAACCCCUUGACUGGCCGAUUCAAGGUAUUGCCUCAGCUGGGUUCGGCCUGGUCGAGACACGGUGCUGUCCUGGUUGACUCAGAGAACCGAGUUAUGGUACUCAUGGAACUCGCGGCUUUAUACUUGUCGAACACAAACGCAAACUCGUGGCUAACCUUCUCUUCAAAUCUUCCAUCAAAACCCAGAAGCCCAAUCUUAGUUUGGAACUCGGUUUUUGCUUUAUGUGAUGUUGGGUCUCCCUGGAGGUCCCAAUGGAAACUCUUUACUUGCAAACUCUCGAGUCUCAAUUAUCCCAAUAACCUCAAAACCAGUGGCACAUCGUCGUCGUCGUUGUCUUCAUCUUCAUCGAAUCAAAACAACUGGUUCUGCUUAGAGAAGCACGAGUGGGCGGAUCUCUUCGAUAUCAUAAAACGGCCUCGUUUGGUUCGUGGGAACGGAAAUAAGCUGUUGAUGGUUGGAGGGUUGAAAUCAACAUUCUCCUUGAACCCUUCGUGUUCGACGAUAUUGAUAUUGAGAUUGGAUUUGGAGAGAUUAGAAUGGGAAGAGGCCGGGAGAAUGCCUGUGGAAAUGUACAGGUGUUUUCAGGAGUCUAGUAAAUUGAAGGUUUUUGGUGGUGGGGAUAGAGUUUGUUUCUCUGCAAAGAGGGUGGGUAAAUUGGCGCUAUGGGUUGAUUGUGGUGGAGAGAAGAGUUAUUGGAGGUGGAUUGAUGGGGCGCCUGGGGGUGGAGAUGGGCUUUGGAGAGGAUUUGUGUUUGAGGCCAGACUCACUGCAUUGCCUUGAAUUGGUAUGUCUAAUAUCCAAUUUGGUCAAGAUAUUGUAUCUCUAUCUGUAUAACAAUGGAUGUUUGAAUUUGAGCAACUUAUUGUGUUAUCUUCUGGUGCGCGAUUGCACUUGAGUUAUCAAUGAAAUGUCAAGAAAAAUGUUAUAUUUGAUUUGUGGUUAUAAAUCAAUUGCAUGUAAUGUUCUUU